AUGUAUACAGUAAAAGAAUCUGAUAUCACAAAAUACCCUGAAUUUUCUCCUUGUGAUGAAAAAAUACCUGCAGUUCCUGUUACCAAUGUAAAGAACAAUAGAGAUCCAACGGUUUUGCUGUUGGGUGAAACCGGAGAGAAAAAAAAUACGCAAGGAAAUUGGCUUGUGGGAUUUGAAGAAAAUAUUGAUCAAAAGGUUUCAUAUCAAAAGGCUGCCGACAAUUGCUUUAAACCUAGCACUAAGGUUAUACUUAAUGUUGGAGAAAUUGUUCCUAUGUCUUCAAUCAAAGUCGGGGAUAAAGUUUGUGUAGGAUCAAAACAUGGUGUCUUAGAAUUUUCAGAAGUUUAUCUGAUUGUUCAUUGUAAUCCUGAGGCUGAAACUGAAUAUCAAAAGAUUGAAUUUACUAUGCCUACGACGGGGUUAACUGAAUCCAUUUUGCUUACCCCAGAUCAUCACAUAUUCAUAAACAAUUACUUUGAUUAUGCAAAGAAUGUUCAACCAUAUUCUGCCAAACUUCACGUUUUAAGUGGCGCUAGAAUGAUCCCCGUUCGAGUGGCUAACGUUUCUACAGAAACUCACAAAGGUUAUAUUUCUAUAUUAACACGAGCUGGUACAAUAGUAGCAGAUAAUAUACUGUGUUCAUGCUAUGCUGCUUGUGUUCCAUAUCAAGAUGCCAUUCAUACAGUACUUUCACCAUUAAGAUUUAUGACAUGGUUUAAAAAGUCUACGCAUACAGGAAAAGGAAUUCAUCCGUAUCUUGAAUUUUUAUAUAAUAGAUAUAAAGAUGUGAAUCGUGUUUAUAAUAGUUUUGAGAAUGCCAAAUCUCGAAUGUUAAACUUUUAA